UUAAGAGAAGGCAUACUUAUCGAAGAGAUGCGAUAUGGAAACAUCAGAAAGAUAACGCAGCGGUCCAUCGCGAGUGGGAGGACAGACGCUGAAGCACAAUCAGGAUGCCGAAUCAGUUGAAUUGCUGCCUUGGAGUUUUGGGGAGUGCGCGGUGGUGGGUUCUGUCGCUCUCACCACACGAAGGCUCUGUGGCGCCCUUAGUGCUGACGAGGGUGGAUGGCUUGGCGGCAACUUAUAAACUCGACAGUCUGCCAUAUCUCAACUGCAGCUCAUUAAAAUCAGCUGCAAUCAACAGAACCUUGGAGAUCGACGUUGAGUGCGAGUUUUUGAUUGCGCUCGCUCGUGCCAAGUUAAUCAAACAUUUCCAUGGCCACUCCCGAGGAGAAAGCUCGAGAUGCUGGGCCUCCCAAGGUCUUAGCCGUCGGCAUGCUUCGCACAGGCACGAACUCUCUCGCGGCCGCCCUCUCUGAGCUGGGCUUCAAGCACGUCUUCCACGGUCUGAAUUCCCGGACGAAACCAACGCACUGGGCAUUCUUCGAGCGAGCCGCCGUUGCGACUUGGCCUGAAGUGAACGCAAAGGACCAGAUACCUCCUCCCGCGCCGUUCACUCGAAAAGACUGGGAUGAACUCUUCGGGCCGUACGACGCGGUAACCGACCUGUCUUGUUUCUGGGCAGUGCAGCUGAUCGAUGCCUAUCCCGAUGCCAAGAUCAUUCUCACGGAACGCGACUUUGACAAGUGGUUUCCAAGCUUCGAUAGCCAAGUUAUCCAACCGCUGUUUGGGCCGUGGGUUGACGUAUUUCUCAAGGGUGUGGGCAUGGUAAUUGGUAACAGGGCUGGCUUCGCCAUGCAGAAGACUAUCAGCGGUUUCUUUGGUGGUGCUCGCACAAUCGAGGAGCUGCAUCGACGAGCACCGGAUGUCUUCCGAGAGCAUUCAGAGCGCAUCAAGGCUCAUGUGGCGCCUGAAAGGCUCUUGGUGUAUCGCGUCAGCGAAGAUGGAUGGGAGCCUCUUUGCGAGUUCCUUGAGAAGGACGUGCCCAAAGACAAAGCAUUCCCGAGAGUCAACGACAAGGCUUCUCAUACUGAGUCGGACAGAGUCAUACGCCGAGCAGCUUGGCUCCAGGCUGGCCGGGCGAUUGUGCCGUAUGCCAUCGCCAUCGCGGCUGCGUACCUGGGAAGUGUCUAUUGGAGUCGCUUCGCCUGAAUGUGGCUAUGGCGAAGUGUUAAAUUCAAUGUAGUAUGAAACGAG